GUGUCACUUCAUCAAGCGCUCUGGAAAAGAAAGACCAACAGAGAUUACUUUACUCAGUAUUUAUCCAUUUAAUCUCAUAUUUAUCGCUCAGUAUUUGAAGAUGGAAGCCUGUAGAAGCCUGUUGAAGAGCGCGCUGGUCGUCAUCGUCCUCGUGGCUAUGUUUCAGUCGGGAUCCGCAGCAGAGAAGCUGGCAACCUGCUGUAAGAAAGUCACCAAACAGGAGAUAACCGAGCCAAUCUUAGGCUACUUGGUGCAGCGAGCCGACCCCCCAUGCGUCCAAGCUGUCAUAUUUCAAACCAAAUCAGGUCUCUUCUGCAGUUAUGUGAGGGCUCCCUGGGUUCACCGCAAGGUUGCUGCAUUUGAGAGAGCAAAAGCUCAGGCCGCCGCUUCGUCCGUGGCACCCUCAACUCCCGUCUCCCUCCUCUCCGUCAUCACAUCCACCGCCUCCCUUCUACAUCCUCCACCCUCCUUCCUCCACCUCUUCUCUCCCUCUUUCCUCCUCAACUUUUCCUGCUUCUUCCUCCUUUCACCUUCUUUCCUCAUCCUCUCUCCCUGCUUCCGCUUCCACUGCUCUACCUGCUUCCUCCUCCGCUCUCAAUCCUUCUUUCUCAACUUUUCCUGCUUCUUCCUCCUUUCACCUUCUUUCCUCCUCCUCUCUCCCUGCCUCCUCCUCCUCUCUUCCCUCUUCCCCCACCACGUCCGAGAUGCCCGCUGGUGAAACCUUUUUGGCGGAGAGUAGCGGCGUCUCCGCUUCCAGCCUCGACGACUGAAUGUGUCAAGACGUUCACAAUUACGGCCUCGACACUGAUGCAAACCGAUGUCUGAAAUAGCACUUGAAGAACAGAAUUAUGUUAAUUUAUUAUUAUUAUGUUGAAUAUUUAGAUUCUUUCAAUGCCGUUAGGAGUGAAAUUAUUUAUUAGUUUAAUUUAAUUGACCAGCGCUGAUAGAAGUAUUCAUCUAUCUAUCUAUUUAUUACCAAGAGUAUUUAUCAAUAUUUACAAGUUACUGUGUACAAUGUCAUGAUUAUUGUAACAGGAAUAUGUUUUGAUCUAUUUAUUUAUUUGUUAACUUGUGAAGUUGUGAAACCAU